AAAAAUAGUGUUCUGUCCAGUGCUUCGUAAACCGGACUGAUUAGUCGAACCGUGAUUGGCCCUUCAAAUCAAAAACUCGAUUUGAGUUAAACUGGCAAACCCAGUCAAAAACCGAUUAAAUUCGCUAAAACUGCUAAUCCGAUUCAAUAUUAAAAUCCAGGUUUUUCAAAUUCAAGCUAAAACAAAUUAAAAAAUACUGUAAUUUUUCAAAAAUUUCGUAAAAGUUUUAUUAUUUCUCAAAAUUUAUCUACAUAAAUUAGUUUUUAUUAUAUUUAUAUUAUUUUUGAUUUUUUCAUAUUAUUUUUAAAUUCUAGCAAUGAUAUAAAAAUUUAUAGUUAUUCAUAAAAUUAGAUUAAAAUUUAAAAUCCAGUUUAACCGGUUGGACCGAUCUGACCAAAUGUCUGGUCCGGUUUCCAAAAGAUUGUUUUUCUUAGUAAAAUACAAAAUUAAUCCAUAAAUAUCUCGUACAGCUAAUCAGUAGUUAACAUUUUCAACAGUCAUUUAAUUUUAUUUUCCUAAUUUGCAUUUAAUUUUAAAGUAAAAAGACAAAACUCAAAAGGAAAGUUAACUAAUGGCAAUUAAUUAAUCAUCCCAAGUGGUCAAGAAAUGGUUUAUCUCUUCACUUCCCUCUCUUCAAUAUCUCCAAGUCAGUUUCUUUGCUCUUCUUCUUCUUCCUCCUCUGCUUAAACUAAACCACAAGAACACAAAAGAUCACUCUCAAACUAUGGCUAACAAACCAAGAACCAGGUGGGUUCUCCCUUACAAGACCAAAAACGUGGAAGACGAUUACUCUCUCGGCAAAGUGCUCGGACAAGGACAAUUCGGAACCACUCACCUCUGCACACACAACCAAACGGGUCAAAAGCUCGCCUGCAAAUCCAUACCCAAAAGGAAGCUUCUUUGCCAAGAAGACUACGACGACGUUUUGAGGGAGAUACAGAUAAUGCAUCACUUGUCUGAAUACCCCAACGUUGUCCGGAUACAAGACACGUACGAGGAUUCCAACAGCGUCCACCUUGUGAUGGAGCUCUGCGAAGGCGGUGAGCUGUUCGAUAGAAUCGUGAAGAAAGGUCAUUACAGCGAGAGAGAAGCGGCCAAGCUCAUGAAGACCAUUGUUGGGGUUGUGGAGACUUGUCACUCUCUUGGGGUGUUGCAUAGAGAUCUUAAGCCUGAGAACUUCUUGUUCUCAUCUUGUGAUGAAGAUGCUUCUCUUAAAUCCACUGACUUUGGCCUCUCUGUUUUCUGCAAACCAGGAGCAACGUUUUCAGAACUAGUUGGGAGUGCAUACUAUGUGGCACCUGAGGUUUUACAUAAGCAUUACAGCCGUGAAUGUGAUGUAUGGAGCGCUGGAGUUAUCCUCUACAUUCUCUUAUGUGGUUUCCCUCCUUUCUGGGCUGAAAGUGAGAUUGGCAUCUUCAGAAAGAUUUUACAGGGAAAGUUGAACUUUGAGACCAAUCCUUGGCCUAGCAUCUCAGAGAGCGCCAAGGAUCUUAUCAAGAAAAUGCUCGAGGGCAAUCCUAAGAAACGGCUUACUGCUCAUCAAGUCUUGUGUCAUCCGUGGAUUGUGGAUGAUACGGUUGCUCCAGAUAAACCAUUGGACUGCGCUGUAGUGUCCCGCCUGAAGAAGUUCUCUGCAAUGAACAAACUUAAGAAGAUGGCAUUACGUGUAAUAGCAGAGAGACUAUCUGAGGAAGAGAUCGGUGGGCUUAAAGAAAUGUUCAAGAUGAUAGACACAGACGACAGUGGGACCAUCACAUUUGAAGAGUUGAAAGACAGUAUGAAACGUGUUGGGUCAGAGCUUAUGGAAUCAGAGAUCCAAGAACUCUUGCAUGCAGCUGAUGUUGAUGAAAGUGGAACAAUAGACUAUGGAGAGUUCUUAGCUGCAACAAUCCACUUGAACAAGCUGGAGAGAGAAGAGAAUCUAGUGGCUGCAUUCUCCUUCUUUGACAAAGAUGCAAGUGGUUACAUCACUAUUGACGAGCUUCAACAGGCUUGGAAAGAGUUUGGUAUAAACGAUUCACAUCUUGAUGAAAUGAUCAAAGACAUUGAUCAAGACAAUGAUGGGCAAAUAGACUAUGGAGAGUUUGUGGCAAUGAUGAGGAAAGGAAAUGGUAAUGGCGGUAUCGGCAGGAGAACUAUGAGGAACACUCUCAGCUUUGAAAACCCUCUUCCUGAUGAGUCAAUCAAUGGCUAAACUUAUUUUUUUACUGAAAUUUGGUAGUUUGACAUUAAUAACUUAAAACAAAACAAUCAAAACAUGAGUUUUCUUAUAAUGUUUCUCGAAAGUUAACAUUA